AUGGCGUCUUCUUCUUCUCGUUCCUGGAGAUACGAUGUUUUCCCGAGUUUCAGCGGUGAAGUUGUCCGCAAAUCAUUCCUCAGCCAUCUUCUGAAGGAGCUUGACCGCAAAUCAAUCAAUGCAUUUAUAGAUGAUGGGAUCGAGAGAAGCCGCCCGAUCGGCCCUGAGCUUUUAUCGGCGAUUAGAGAAUCGAGGAUCUCAAUCGUCGUCUUCUCAAAGAGUUAUGCUUCUUCCACGUGGUACCUGAAUGAAUUGGUGAUGGAGAUCCACAAGUGCUAUAUGGAGUUUGACCAAAUGGUGAUUCCCAGCGUUGACCCUUCGGAAGUUCGAAAACAUACCGGAGAAUUUGGAAAGGUGUUUAAAGAGACAUGCGACGGCAAAACGGAGGAUCAGAAGCAAAGGUGGAUGCAAGCUCUCGUAGAUGUAGCAAAUAUGGCCGGAGAGGAUCUUCGGAACUGGUGUAACGAAGCCAGCAUGAUUGAAAAGAUAGCCGAUGAUGUUUCGAAUAAACUUAUCACAACAUCGGAUUGUUAUGGCGAUUUGGUGGGGAUUGAAGCUCAUUUAGAAGCAAUGAGCUCAAUAUUGUGCUUGGAAUCCGAGGAAGCUAGAAUGGUAGGGAUUUUGGGGCCUUCUGGGAUUGGUAAGAGUACCAUAGGAAGAGCUCUUUUCAGUCAACUCGCUAGCCAAUCAACUUUUGUAACUUAUAAAAGAACCAACCAGGAUGACUACGGCAUGAAGUUGUGUUGGGAAGAAAAUUUUUUAUCAGAGAUUCUUGGUCAAAAGGACUUGCAGAUAUACCAAUUAGGUGCGGUGGAGCAACGGUUAAAACUCAAGAAAGUUCUCAUUGUUCUUGACGAUGUUGAUGAUAUAGAGCUCCUAAAAACCUUGGUUGGGCAAACGGAAUGGUUUGGAUCCGGGAGCAGAAUUAUUGUGAUCACUCAAGAUAGGCAACUUCUUAAGGCUCAUGAGAUUGACCUUAUAUAUGAGGUGAAGUUCCCAUCUCAAGAUUCUGCUCUCAAGAUGUUAUGCCAAUCUGCAUUUCGGCAAAACUCUCCACCUAAUGGUUUAAUGGAAUUGACAGUUGAAGCUGCCAAGCUUGCCGGUAACCUUCCUUUGUGUCUCAGUGUCUUGGGUUCGUCUUUAAGAAGAAAGGACAAAAAAGAGUGGGAGGAGAUGCUGCCUAGACUCCAAAAUGGUUUGGACGGGAAGAUUGAGAAAAUAUUAAGAGUCGGCUACGAUAGAUUAGAUGGCAAAGACCAAGAGUUAUUUCUCUUCAUUGCAUUUGCAGGUUUAUUCAAUGGUUUGCAAGUCAGUUACAUCAGAUUAAAUGAUGUCAUUGAUGUGACAAUCAGUGUCAGUGACAUCAAAUGCUUGCUCGGAGAUGGUGUUACCACUGGGCUUACAGUGUUGACUGAUAAGUCCCUCAUACGUAUAACACCGCACGAAACUAUAGAGAUGCACAAUUCGCUACAGAAGUUGGCUAGAGAAAUUGGUCGUGCAGAGUCUAUAAACAAUCCUGGAAAACGACGAUAUCUGGUGGAUGUUGAGGACAUUUGCGAUGUUUUUACGGAUAAAACCGGCACAGAAGCUGUAGUAGGAAUAUAUUUCGACACAUUAGAAAUCAAAGAGCCAUUUUCAAUAGAUGAAAAAUCGUUCGAAGGCAUGCGUAAUCUCCAAUUUCUAAUAGUUCGAGGGUCUCCACGGGGUAGAUUGCGUCUACCUCAAGACCUCGUUUAUUUACCCCGUAAACUCAUAUUGCUAAAGUGGGAUGGUUAUCCAUCCAAGUGUUUGCCUGAACUCAGAAUGGAGAAUAGUUUGCUUGAGAAGCUGUGGGAAGGAAUUCAGCCACUUGGAAGCCUCAAGCAAUUGAUUAUGAAUUGGUCCACAUAUUUGAGAGAACUUCCAGAUCUCUCUAAGGCCAUAAACCUCGAGAAAGUGUAUCUUGAUGGAUGCAAAUCUUUGGUGACAUUUCCUUCCUCGAUUCAGAAUCUCCUGAAACUGAGAGAUUUACAUUUGGAAAAUUGCACAGAGCUAGAAAGUUUUCCAACUCUUGUCAACUUGAAAUCUCUCGAGUACCUCAAUCUCCGAGGAUGCUCCCGGUUGAGAAAUUUCCCUCAGAUUUAUAUGGACAGUUCACAUGGAAUUAGCAUCGAAGUAAAAGACUGUUUCUGGAACAACAAUCUCCCUGGACCCGAUUAUCUCGGUGGCCUUAUGAGAUGUAUGCCUUGUAAAUAUCGACCAGAACAUCUCGUUCGUCUUACAGUGAAAGGCAACAUGCUUGAGAAGCUAUGGGAAGGCGUCCAGUCGCUUGGAAGUCUCGUGAGGAUGAAUCUGUCAGGAUCUGUAAACCUGAAUGAAUUUCCAGAUCUUUCAAAGGCCACCAAUCUGGAGCGUUUAGAACUCAACUAUUGCCAUAAUUUGGUGACUGUUCCUUGUACAAUUGAGAAUCUCAAGAAAUUGGUAAAGUUGGAAAUGAAAGGAUGCAUAAGGCUGGAGGCUCUUCCAACCGAUGUCAACUUGUCAUCUCUCGAAACCCUCGAUCUCAGUUGGUGCUCAAGUUUGACAAGUUUUCCUCAAAUUUCAUGGAGUGUGAAAAAACUCUAUCUAAAUGACACUGCCAUUGAACAAGUUCCCUGCUGUAUAGAGAAAUUCUGGAGGCUCCUUGAACUAACGAUGUGUCGUUGCAAGAGGUUGAAAAACAUCUCCCCAAACAUUUUCAGUCUGAGCCGUCUUGUGAAGGCAGACUUUUCAGACUGUGAAGGAGUAGAGACGGCAUUGAGUGAUGCAACUCCAGUGGCAACAAUGUCAACGGAGGAUCAAAUUCCUUCUAUACCAUUACACACAAAUGCCUAUAGAAGGGAAUAUUUUGAGUUCAAUAAUUGCUUCAAAUUGGAUAGAAAUGCGCGGGCACUCAUCCUACGAUCAUACGUGGCGCCUACAGUCUUACCAGGUGAAGAAGUGCCUGCGUAUUUCACGGAACAAGCUUCUGGAACUACCGUAGCUGUCAAGUUACCUCAGAGCUUUCUUUCUCAAGAACACCUCGCAAUUAAGGCUUGCGUCGUGGUCGGCAAGGGUUCGCAUUCAUACUUAGGGUUACGCUGGCACUUCAGAGGCGAAGAGCAUUGGGACACAAUAUUUGAAAAUCUGCCGGGGUCUUUUAAGAGGGAUCAUCUGGUUUUGCUUUCCUUCAAGUUCCGGCCUUCACUUCGUUUGGGUUUGAGUGACUUGAGUCCAACUAAUUUUCACUUCGACGAUGUUGAGUUUGAGUCUUCCACCAUCAACCCAUCCUCUGGCACCUUCUCACCGUCGGUCCAGAGGAUAACAGGAUGUGGUAUAAGAUUCUUGAAUCGGUCUACUACACGUCGUCGUCUAUCUAAAUUGGACUACUACUACAACGAUGUUGUCUCUGAGUUCUUCUUCAACCGAACAUUAAGAGAGGAUGCUGAGUACUUCUCUGGAAGAUGAAUCUGAUGAUGGAAGCUCUGGAACAGAGUACAACCAAAAAUCUAUACAAAGUUGUUAUCAAGAAAACAAUCUGUACAAAAUGUGAUGUUGUAGGGAUUGUGAGAAGAAAGAACGGAUGCGGAUUACAUUAAAAGAAUACAUGUGGGAUGUGGCGAUAAAGUAGCGGACACAGG